AUGGCCAAAGAUAAGCAAAAGAAGAAGAAGGACGCACAGACUAUAGGUAAACCAAUAACACUGGAUUCUAGGUUUAAAUCUGUACACAAUGACCCGAGAUUUAAAUUUCCCAGCUUUAAAAAUUUGAAAGUCAAAGUAGAUGAUAGGUUUAAUAAAGAUGAGUUGAAAAAAUUGAGUGCUGGUUCAGCUGGAAAAAAAGUCAAGAUCGACAAAUAUGGAAGAAGGCUUGGAAAGAAGGCAAAUGUGUUGAGCAAAUUUUACGAGCACGAGAAUGAGCACGAGAAUGAGGAGGGUGAAGAGAGCGAGGAGAGUGAAAAGAGCGAGGAGAGCGAAAAGAGUGAGGAAAGCGAAGAAGACAAAGAAAGUGAAGAAAGUAAAGAGGUGGAAGCAUUAGCAGCAAAGAUUAGAGUCGAGGAAGCAGGGUUUGAUAGAGCACGUGGAGAAGGUUCUAUAGACACAUCGGAAAGCGAGGAAUCAGACUCUUUGUCGUCGUCGUCGUCUGAUGAAGAGGAAGAAGAAGUUGAUAUUGAUGAAGGAAGUGAGUCUGAAAUAGAAUUAGAAGAAAACAAACCAGACGAAUCAGAUCCAACAAGUUCUUUUGCUGUUGUAAACAUGGAUUGGGAUAACAUUCGAGCAGAGGAUCUUAUGGCCACAUUUUUGUCAUUUGUUCCUAAGGGAGGCAAGAUAAAAACCGUUACAAUUUACCCUUCUGAAUUUGGUAAGGAACGGAUGCAAAAAGAAGAGAUAGAAGGUCCACCAAGAGAAUUGUUCAAGAGCAAGAAAAAGAAGAGUAAAAAAGGUAAAAUAACUUUAAGUUCGAAUUCGGAUUCGGAUUCGGAUUCGGAUUCAGAUUUGGACUCCGAUUUUGACAUAAAUGAUAGCACACAAUUGGAGAAGGUGACACGAAAGCUUUACGAACAAGAUGACGGGAAGGAAGACUAUGAUAGUAAGGCUCUACGCUGGUACCAGUUGCAGAGGUUGAGAUACUAUUAUGCAGUGGUUGAGUGUGAUUCUGUUCAUACAUCUCAAAGUAUAUACCAACAAGUGGAUGGUACCGAAUAUGAAUCUACGGCUAAUAUAUUUGAUCUCCGGUACAUUCCGGAAGAUAUGACAUUCAACGAAGAGGAAGCUAAGGAUCGCUGUGAUCAUGUUCUGGCGAACUAUCGUCCUGAUUCCAGAUUUGUGACUGAUGCCUUACAACAUUCAAAAGUCAAGUUGACGUGGGACGAAACACCAAAAGAGCGUAACGCUUUAUCAUCGAGGACCUUGUCCCAAAAAGAAAUAGAGGAUAAUGAUUUUAAGGCUUAUUUAGCAAGUGAUUCCGAAAGCGAAGAAAUAGACAACGAGGGUGUUAGUGCAAAGAGCAAAUAUCAAAGCUUAUUAGGAGAUACAUUUCCAAAAUUUGGGAAAAGAAAUGAAGAGGAAGAUGAUAUUGAUUUGGAAAUCACUUUUGAUCCCGGAUUAAAGGAAAAGAAUGACGACGAUGAGGAUGAGGAGGAGGAGAACAAGAAGGAAGAGUCUACCAUCGAUGCAUAUAAGCGAAAAGAAAAAGAGAGGCGUCAAAGACGACUUAACAAAUUCAAAGAAAAACAACAAGGUGGACCAGAUGGGGAGGACGCUACAGAUGCGGGUAAUAUUGAAAAGUCUGGUAAUAAGACGAAGAAUAAGGGGAAGUUGCUGAAAGAGCUUUCCCUAAAGCAAAAAGCUGAGUUGGAGCUUGUAACAAUGGACAACGACCAAGUGGGUGAGCAUUUUAACAUCAAGGAUGUGUUGAAACACGAAAAAUCGAAAAAGAACAAAAAAUCGAAAAAGAGAAAGAAUAUUGACAAUGAGAUGAUCCAGGAUAAUUUUGAGCCCAAUUUAAAUGAUCCGAGAUUUAGUGAGAUUUUUGAAGAUCAUGAAUAUGCCAUAGACCCUACUAGUAGUGAGUAUAAACAAACAGAAACAAUGAAGAAGAUUUUAAGGGAAAGAUCUAAUAGAAAAAAGAAUUUUGAAGCAAAAGAUGGAUUGACCCAAUUGAGUAAGAAGGAAAGGAAAACAAAGACCGAUUCAGAUAGUGUAAAGGAUAUAGCUAGGAAAUUAUUAAAGAGACAAAAAAGGGAGUAG